GAUUUGGUAGACAGUUUUUCAUUAUUUUAACCACCCCACAUUAUAAUUGGAAGCGGAAUUGUACACUCUAGCAUAGCCUAUUAGCUAGAAAGAUAACUCCCAAACACAUUUUCACUAGGAGCAGCUGUUUAGCUGGUUAAACAAAGGUUAGCCAUGUGUUGGCAAAAAUGUAUGUCCAAGUUAAGAAACCUUACCAGCAGGCAGCGGCACAUACACUUGUAGGUUUGAAAUUCCAAAUGAACGUAUUCUGUUGUUUCUAGCAAUAUUCAUAAAAACAUUGAAACCCCCUACAGCGGGCCGCGGAGACCCAGUUAAAUACCACUGAUUCUAGUGGAAAGUGGAAACCAGUGUCCUGCCAGCCACCAGCACAGCUCAGCUCAGCUCACGUCAUUUUCAGAACAUGUGCUGUGCUUAUGGGCAAGCAGGCAGGCACGCAGAGCAAACAUUGACGAGGGAAGAACGGUCCCUCAGCUGCCAGAGAAAUCGGAGGACACCGUUUUUCACUAUUAUAUGUGGCUACUACCCAGUGGAAAUUGGAGCAAUAUUCAUUGACCGUUACCAGGUGGUGAAGAAGUUGGGAUGGGGCCACUUCUCCACUGUGUGGCUAGGCUGGGACAUUGAGAAGAGGCGUUUUGUGGCUCUGAAGGUGGUAAAGAGUGCUCCAACCUUCACAGAGACUGGUUUGGAUGAGAUCAAGCUUCUGAAAUGUGUAAGGGACAGUGACCCAUCUGACCCUAAACGAGACACUGUUGUGCAACUUAUCGAUGACUUCAAGGUCUCUGGAGUCAAUGGGGAGCAUGUAUGCAUGGUUCUUGAAGUGCUGGGUCACCAACUGCUGAAGUGGAUCAUCAAAUCCAACUACACUGGCCUUCCCCUGCCCUGCGUUAAGAGCAUCCUCAGACAGGUUUUCCAGGGCUUAGAUUACUUGCACACUAAAUGCAAGAUUAUCCACACAGACAUCAAGCCAGAGAACAUCCUUUUGAGAGUGGAUGAUGUUUACGUCCAGGAGCUGGCAGCCGACACCAACCUACAGGAGCUGCCAGUUUCUCCUGCUCCCACAAGCUGUUCAGAAAAUACCAGUCUAAGAGAGAAGCAGAUUGUGUCAAACUUUUUGGGGAAGUUGACUGCGGCUUUCCAGACUCUUGGGGUUUGGACCGGGAAGGUUUCCAGGAUCCCGAGGGCCAGGUUGUCGAGGAAGGAGAACAAACAUCAACAGCCGCAGCAGGGCGAGGACACUUUAGUUGACCGUCAGAAGAGGGCAAAACCUCAUGUGUCAUUCUCCAAUAUCACCACUCCCUGUAGCCCUCCCAGUUCCACCUCUCCCCCUAAGCCUUCAGGUUCUGUGCGUACUACUUGGAGACGGAACCUGCUGCAUGAAGAAGCAAUGGGCUCUGACAGCAAGGAGUCAGUCUCGUCACCGAUAGAAGAUGCACCAUCAUUGACUACAAAGUCUCACUGCUCUAGACAAUCUACAGUGUUGCAUCCUUCUACCCAGAGAGACAAGCAGCCCUCAUCACCAUCACAUGGGUUCAGUGAAACAGAUAUGUUGGUGAAUCUUCUGAAGCCACAGAAUGCUGAUGAAAUCAGCAUCAAGAUUGCAGAUCUGGGCAAUGCCUGCUGGGUGUACAAACACUUCACAGAGGACAUCCAGACCUGUCAGUACCGUUCUGUGGAGGUCCUGAUUGGGGCUGGCUAUGGCACUCCUGCAGACAUCUGGAGCACAGCCUGCAUGGCAUUUGAGCUGGCCACUGGAGAAUAUCUGUUUGAACCCCAUUCAGGGGACAACUUCUCUCGAGAGGAAGAUCACAUUGCUCACAUAAUUGAGUUGCUGGGACCCCUUCCAUCCCAGUUUGCCCUCUCAGGGAGAAACUCCAGGCGAUAUUUCAAUCACAAAGGGCAUCUGCGGCGCAUCUCAAGGCUGAAGCCGUGGAGUUUGUGUGAGAUCCUGCUGGAUAAAUACGAGUGGCCACGGGAGCAGGCAGUCCAGUUCAGUGCCUUCCUCCUCACCAUGCUGGAGCCCCUCCCAGAGAAGAGAGCCACCGCUUCCCAGUGUUUAAAACAUCCCUGGAUCUCCUCAUAGACAUCAUACUGCUAGUGUCUGAACCCCUCUGGAUCCCCUCAUGGACACAGAGUCGCCACCACUGCUCAGUGUCUGAACCACCCUGAAUUACAUCAUAGACACAGCCGUCUCACCGAGGCCACAGAGGUUACAGAGGUGAAGUCCCAUAAUAUGAUGAUGAUUUCAAGGGCAAUUCCACCCAUUUUAAACCUCAUGUCAUUAUCUCAAGCACAAUACCAGUGUCUAAAUAUGAAAUUAGCGUAUUUCUACUUUUUGUAGAACAAAAUAUAAAUUUAAAAAGUUAAACGCGAUGACAUCAUCAGGAGUUGAAACAUAAAAAAGAAAAAGUGAUUUUCUAACACUGUGAGAUACGCGGCAACGUGUGGAGCUGAUGUCACAUAGAAGUCUUUUUUAGGACCUUAUCUGUUUAACCACAGAUCAUAGAAACGUGCUGUUUUCACAUACCGUAUGUAGACACUGGUUUGGUGCUGGUGAUAAUUAUGAGGUUGAAAAGUGGCAGAAUUGCCAUUAAAGUGGGGGAAGGGGUUUUGUGGGUCACGUAUGAAAUUCAGCAAGUGAUUUUCAUCAUGUGCUAUUUUUCUGUUUGCUCUGCGAGAGCAAUCAAUUAUCACUAUAUUUUGUUGGGUGAUUUGAAGCGUUUGAUGUGGAGGAAAUAACUUUUGAUAUGGAGAGAUGACAUGAGAAACAAAUCCAGUUUAUGUAAAACUGUCACUGUUUAAUUUUACAGCUCUCUUUAGAUAUUCAUUUGAUAUUCCAGAUUACUUCUGAUGUGAUGGCCUGUGUUCAGAUUAUUGAAAUUGGAGCACAUCAAUGACCAAAAUCAUAAAGAAGGCAAGACUUACUGGAAUACUGCCUUUUCAAAAGGACACUGGGAACAUUACUUUUGUUGUUGUCUUUCAUUGAAUAAAUGCUAUUUGUUUAUACAA